UUCAUUGCCGGUACUGGUAGAGCGUCUACGCGCGGCUCUCGAGCUCUCCUUAGGGAGUCGUCGCGACGACGAGCCCGCGUUGCCCGAGGACUCCGGCAUCGACUCCGAGGAGGACUUCCGGAUACGCGGCUCAAUGGAACAGGCGCUGGGCAACUGCAAGGAGCCCGAGCUAAAGAAGGACCUCAAAUUCCUCGAGGACCUGUUGUUGUCCGACAUCGAGACCGCUUUGUCCCGACUCCGGGAGACCUUGGAGAGGAUCGACGUGGCAGCUUUGGCCAGACACGGAGCCGCCUCUGACCCUACCAGUAAAUUGCAAUUACUGAGACUGGUAUCUAGUUUGUUGUCCAGACUGCAAGUGCCAGAAGUUGUACCCGAAAAAGUGACCGUCUUACCGUCAACGUCGCUGAGCCGAAGACGUCGAGGGACCAGACACACCAUAGGAGUCUCCGCGGAAGAGUUGGCUCGUGCCAGGAAGUGGUUGGAGGAAGAACGAAACGGUUUUCAACGGGAAGAUGUGGUACCCUUCGUUAGAGAUCAAAAAGAUCUGACAUCGCCUUGUAACGUGAAUGUAGAUAGGAAGUCGGAGGAGAUUCGCGACAAGUGUAUCAAGGACGCCAUCAACCAGCGCCAACUGCUGGAGGACAAGAACAAGGAGAUUCGGGAGAACUGCGCGUACCGUGGAAUCCAACAGGUGGACUCGGUAAAUGAUAAGGUGAACGGGGAGCAGAAUGCGUACCAGGCUCCUUACAGAGCAAACGGCAGUUACCAAGAUAAAGAGAACGAGGAUAACGAAGAGAGAUCUCGCGUGAGCAAAUUAGCAGCCGCGCUUAGGCAACGCGCCGAGUUGGCGACUUCCGCCGGUGGAAAAUACGCGAGCAACAAGUUCACCGCGAAGAAGACGAAGAUCAAACGCGCGAACACGAUCGACAUACCCAGUUACCUGAAGCUGCAAGAGAGUCUGGGUCACGAGAACACUGGCUGCGUUUCUCUGCGACGACCGAUAAACGUCGGCGACAAGUUUAACUCCGUGAACGCGAUCGUGCCCACCUUUCAACCGAAAACGGAGAACGACCGAAAGUUCCUGGCCCUGAUCAACAAGAAUACAGAAGCGCCGUCGAACGUGCCUGUGGUUCCCUUCAAGAUCUGCGGUAAAACCAUGGACAUGUCGUCGUUGACCAACGAGAACUGGAACAGCCGAUUCUCCAACAUCAAAACGUCCUUCGAUAAGACGAACGCACCUGAAGAUAAGGAAAAUAAAGCGUCACUUAAGGCUCGAGCGAACAAGAUGUUCCCAGGUGCUCAGACGCAGAUUUACCCUGACUGGGGUUCCAACUAUAAUCACCCUGUGACGAAAACGAACUCGCCGUCGGGCUUUCGACACGCUCCUUCAUCUCCCUUCAAGAAAAUAGAGAAGAGUCCUGCGAGUCCGUCUAAGGUGCCUCCCACGUAUCACUGGCCAAAGAACGCACCGGUUCCAACUAACACGCUGAAGGAAAAGGCAAGGAUGAUGUUCGAUCGAGAGCCCUCAAAACCUUCGAGGGUCGAAGUGGAUUCGCAGGAGAAGCACGGUUUUCCGCGUCCACCAUGGUUGGACCAGGAGAACAGGGCAAAUGGCACUGUGACAGAGAACGGAAAACUCGAUUAUCGCUCGUUCUGUAAACAGUUCGCUCCUUUCGUUGGGAGACCCCCGUCUACGGAGCCGAAGAAGCUGGAGCGCGAUAAGAUCCCCGGAGUGGUGGACGGCAAAAUCUCCUUCAAAAUGAUUCCCGACAAGCGCGUGCAGACUUACCAGUACCCGACGAAUCGUCGAGAUUCGAAGGAAAAGUUCGAACCCAUAAGAGGUCCAGUGGUUAAAAGUCACGACGCGGAAAAACCAAAGAACUUCGCCGAUACCACGUUACGUGGUAGUUCCUCCGUGGCCGUGCAGACCGGAGUCAACGACGAGCACCAGGAUGAAGGACGCUCGUUCCGAGUAGCACCGAGAACCUCGAAAGGUUCGAAUUUGGUGUACAAUAACGCUUCCGUUCAGACUUCCGGGGACUCGGAUAGAACGAGCGACACCGAGACUGGGAAACAGUGGAAACCAGCUUACUACGAACAUUCGGAUUCCGAUCAGACCUUCGAAGACCGUCAGCGAUUCAUUUUGGAUCACAAUCAGAAUUACCGCACGGUGUCCAGUGAUUCCGAGCUGAACGGUCCACCAAUGACCAACUCGUGCAAGACAGUGACUGAACCCGUUCUCAGGGACUCCGCGCCCUUCGAGGACACCCGAGGUUACCAGAAACCGGACGAAGCUCCCGAGACCCACGAUCAGAACAUUCAGAAUCAGGAUAUCAGCCCUGAGGUUGGAGUGGUCACCAGAUACACCUGCGCGAUAGCCACGGUCGCGUCCUCCGUGGACAGUCCCGAGCCUCGUUCCGAGGAGGUGGCAGCUGACUCCAGAACAUCCUCGUCCCCGUCCCCCUCGCAGUGGUCCUGGUCCAGAUCCAGACCACCCACCAACGAAAACACUACCCCCGAAGACGAGAUUCGUCGACACAAUCUGCUGCAGCAGAGCCUUGUCCGUAGACUGCAAAACGAGGUCACGUCGUUGAACGAUCCACCUCCUCAUCAGAACUACGGCCAGCACUUGACCGUCACUCAGCCUAAAAGCUUUAAUCAUCCUGCAGGUCAGCCAACGAGCUUUACCCAGAGUCAGCAUCAGCCAGUGAACGUUGCUCAGAGCCACCAGUCACCAAACCUUGCUCAGAGUCACCAGUCACCAAACCUUGCUCAGAGCCACCAGCACCAGUCACCAAACCUUGCUCAGAGCCAUCAUCAGCCAGCGAAUCUUGCUCAGAGCCAUCAACGCCACUCACCAAACCCUACUCAGAGUCAUCAACAUCAUUCACCAACCCUUCAGAGCCACCAACGAAACUUCGAUCAGCCAGCAAACUUCGACGUGCCUCAAGGAGCCAGUCGAUACGCCCGCAAGAAGCCGCAAUCGCCGUUUGCCAAGUUUCGUGAACUCGACAGACAAAAUAGCGCCGCCUCGUCACCCAGUCCCGUAAAGUCACCGGCAACAGAAUUUCGAUUCAAGUUUACCGAGCCAGCGGUGCGGGACAACGCGGCGCAAAUAAAAGAGCGGCUGUUGGCGUGGUGCCGUUCCAAGACCAAAGAGUACGAGAAUGUGCAGCUGGACAAUUUCUCGACCAGCUGGAACAACGGAUUGGCGUUCUGCGCUUUGCUUCAUCAUUUCAGACCGGACGCUUUCGACUAUCAUUCGCUACGACCGGAGAACCGCAGGAUGAACUUUGAAUUGGCGUUUAAAAAAGCCGAUGAACUCGCCGGGAUUGCACCGUUACUUGAUGUCGAGGACAUGGUGAUGAUGCGCCGUCCGGAUUGGAAAUGUGUCUUCACCUACGUGCAGUCCAUCUAUCGCCGCUUCAAAGACGAAGAUUAAGGACUGACUUCGACGCUUCUCGACGGCGUUCUGCAGUGCAAACCCGACGUUCACCGCUUCUCACGAUUCGUGAGACGGUCCGCUAUUCGUUCGAUUGAUCGUCAAGGAAACGGUAUACUUCUCCAAUUACACAGGAUGAGAAACGAUGAAACUCUCCGGGCGAAAUCCUCGGGCAAGAACAAGAAUCGCAAAAGGUUCGCUUUUGCGCGGCCCACAUUCAGCAUCAUUUUAUACACACGACUUUUCUGGCAGCCUUCCGAACAAUUUAUAAUUUUUCACCAAAUGAUGAUAAUGAUGAUGAUGAUGAUGUAGCAGAUAACGGCUUCCUCGAACACGUAGUGCUGUGACUGGUGUAUUAACAGAACACCGACAGCUGUUGCCAAAACUGAUGCUAGCGUUGAUGUUUUCGAUGGAAUUUAAGGUCUUUUAUGCCAAAGAUUUGUGAAAUAAAUACGUGAUGUUAGCGACUUUGUUAGUAAAGUUAUUUCUUAUCGUAGAGCCGACUAGUGUGAAGUUUUAACGGAGAAAUUUGAUGGUUCUUUACAGGGAGCUUAUACGCGGUGCUGAAAUGUAGAGUGAAAAUUAUCGUAAAUUCUAGAAAAUUAAUUUAUUAAAUGUAAUCAAAGUUAUAUAAUAUUUUUAUUAUUAUAAGUAAUAUUCUAUGAGGUAAUUAUAUCCAUAGUCGCAAC